CACCGUCACUUAAACCGGCGAAACAAAAAACGUAAAAAAUUUUCUAAACUGGUCUCAAAAUUACACAAAUCGAUAGUCAUUAUCAGUAGGCAACUAAACAAACCGAUUCCGGCUAUCCUGAUUCCCGGUAUCCGGUUCUGGAAGUACCGGAAAUAGUGGUCAUAUAUACCAAAAUGGAUCUCACUCACUUUUCUCAGCGAUGGUUUGAACGAUUUCCACAAACUUAGAUUCAAAUGAAAGGUCUUCCGGUCCCAUACGAAAUUCCAGAAUUUUAUCCGGAACCCAUUUCGUUUUCUUAAGGAUGACUUACGCAAUCAAAGCACUGUUUUAUUCUGUAUUUUAUGCACAAACAAUCUCUUGGUUUCUUUCAAAAAUCGAAGAGAAAAUUUUUGAUUAGAAUACCACAAUAUUAUAUGUACAUGAGAAAGCCAUCAUUACACCACUAGGUGGAUUGAAACAGGUUUUUAUAUGAGUUGUUGUUUAGGGCGCGUACCACGUGUUCAUUUUACGCGGAGUCAGAGUCGCCCGCGUGUAGGUUCUAAAACGAAAACGGUAUUAAUUUUGAUUUACUAUAUCGAAAAAUCAAAUAAAAUGUCAGCUUUAUCGUAGAAAUAAUGCGUAAUAUGUAAGUGAACAUUGUAAACAAUUUAUAUGUAGUCUACAUUUGCUUGACGAAAUAAAUGAACAGUUUCUAAAUAUCAGUCCAUUGAAACCUAUAUGUGAAAAGUAGGGUGGAAAAUAUUCACAUAAUUUUUCACGUAACAAUGAUGUGAUUAUUUUUUUGGGUGUAGAUUUCAUUCAUCAUCUUGGGUUGAAUCGAUGCAGUUUCGCUAUCUUGUCGUAUCGCAAUCUUUGCUAACUGUCAGUGAAAAUUGGAUUUUUGUGCGAAGGAAAGAAUUGUUAUCUGUUCUUUGGAAAUUCGUCGUUGGAUUUUAGCUGAAAACUAUCGGACAAUACAGCCCAAGUAGCGGUGCCAUCAAUCUGCAACAUCUCAAGUGAGGAGGAAUCAUAGAAGGAAGGAGAAAACAUCACACAGUUACGUACCUGAAAUAACAUUACGGCAAGAUAAAUGAGUCCCAACCAGGUACGGGAUGUCAUCAAAGGACUAUAGAAGAAAAACAGCCAAGUAGCUCAGUAGCAUCUUUCAUCACAACAAACGAUAUUACAGAUCAAAAUAAACACCUGAUUUAUACAGAACAAAAGUUAGUAAUAUUUGCAGGAUAAAUUAUAAUUUGAAGGGGAACCUAACUAAAUAUGUCCGUCGAUACCGAAGAAAAGCCGUUCGUUAGUGAUGUAUGUGACAAUGGAAUUCGAAAUACUGAAAAGGAUUGCCAGCUCAAUGUUCAUACCGUCAAACGAUUGUACAAAUGCACUGAAUGCGGAAAAGAUUUCAAUUUUCAAAAAAAUCUCAAUCGGCAUAUGUUCGUUCACACUGGCAAGAGACCGUUCAAAUGCACUGUAUGCGGAAAAUGCUUUGUUUCCAACAAUGUCCUAAGCACACACAUGUGUACACACACGGGUGAUUAUAAGUAUGUUUGUGAUGUAUGUGGCAAAGGAUUUGUGCACAGACGGCGUUUGGAGGACCACAAAUACAUUCAUGCCGGAGAGCGGCCUUACAAAUGCGCGGUAUGUGAAAAAGAUUUUAAAACCAAACCGAUUUUGGACAUACAUAUGCUGAAUCACACAGUGGAUCGUCCACACAAAUGCACUGUAUGUGGUAAAAGUUUUGCCAUUAAACAUCGCCUAAUUAGACACCAAUCAACACAUACGGGCGAUUAUAAGAAUACUUGUGAAGUGUGUGGUAAAGAAUACCCAAGCAACAUUUAUUUGAAAAUGCACAUAUGCAUUCUUACACCAGAUCAGUCGAUUGAUCCGUUACCAAUGGAAACAACAGACCAGGAUAGCGACAUUCUAGCCAAACAGAAGAAUAUAACAAUUGAACCAACAAAACUCGAUGACAAGCUAAAUGAACAAACAAACACCAAUGGCAACAGCGAUGCAAUUGAAUUACAACCAAACUCACACGAUCCAGUUAGCAGUAAUGAAAUUGAUCGAGAUGAAAAAGUAUCCUGCCAGCUACAGGAUGUUAUGUCAGAGAUGGAACACAAGUGUCAGAUUUGUGAUGAAUACUUUGCUAACAAGGAUGAUCUCCAUGAGCAUGCCUCAGUUCAUGAAAGCGAACGACCAUUUAGUUGUGAUAUUUGCGGGCAAAGUUACGAAUUGAAGGAUCACCUAACCAAGCAUAUGACCGAGCAUAAUGAGAAGAAACCGUUCUCCUGUCCUAGUGAUUGCAAAUGUGAUGUGUGUAGCAAAGAAUUUCGUGACAAUCAAGCAUUGAAGUUCCACAACAGUAUUCACACCGGAGAGCGACCGUACGAAUGCACUGUAUGCGGAAAAAACUUUAGUUUCAAAGGUAUUCUAAGCACACACAUGUCUACACACACGGGUAAUUAUAAGCAUGUGUGUGAUGUAUGUGGCAAAGGAUUUGUGCACAGAUCGCGUCUGGAUGACCACAAAUACAGUCAUACCGGAGAGCAACCUUACAAAUGCACUGUGUGUGGAAAGAUUUUUCCGACUAACACUGCUCUAAGUUUACACUUUUCCUCACACACGGGUAAUUAUAAGUACGAGUGUGAUGUUUGUGGCAAAGGAUUCAUGAUACAAUCCCGUUUGAAAUACCACAAAAACAAGCAUACGGGAGAGCGACCUUACAAAUGCACGGUAUGUGAAAAAGAUUUUAUAGCCAAGCAGAGUUUUGUCGCACAUAUGUUGAUCCACACAGGCGAGCGGCCUUUCAAGUGCACUGUAUGUGGAAAAUGUUUUGCUUCUAACCAUCGCCUGAUUGCACACGAAUCCACACACACGGGUGAUUACAAGCAUACGUGUAACGUGUGCGGCAGAGGAUUCGUGAACAGUUCACGCUUGAUAGACCACAAAUAUAGCCAUACGGAAGAGCGGCCAUAUCAAUGCACUAUAUGCGAAAAAGGUUUUGUGACUAGAAAUAACCUGAACCAACAUUUAUCAGUUCACUCAGGUAGUCGAUAUAAAUGUGAAGUGUGUGGCAAAGAAUACUCCAGAAAAAAAAAUUUGAAACUGCACCAACGCAUCCAUACAUCUGAUCAGUCGAUUGAGUCGAAUACAAAGAACGAAUCCACACAAUUAGAUAACAAUGACAAAAUCAAUGAACAAAUAAACACUAAUAGUAACAGCGACGUAUUCGAUUUACAAUCAAACCCUCAUGAAAAGGUAUCCAACCAGCUACAGGAUGUCAUGUCAGAGAAGGAACACAAGUGUCAGAUUUGUGAUGAAUACUUUGCUAAUAAAGAUGAUCUCCAUGAGCAUGCCUCAGUUCAUGAAAGCGAGCGACAAUUUAAUUGUGAUAUUUGCGGGAAAAGUUAUGAAUUGGAGGAUCACCUAACCAAGCAUAUGACCGAGCAUAAUGAGGAAAAAACAAUAUCCUGUCCUAGUGAUUGCAAAUGUGAUGUGUGUAGCAAAAAAAUUCGUGACAAUCAAGCAUUGAAGUUCCACAACAAUAUUCAUUCUGGAGAUCGGCAGUACGAAUGCACAGUAUGUGGAAAAAGACUUGUUACGAAGACUAAUCUAAGCGUGCACAUGUCUACACAUACGGGUAAUUAUAAGUAUACGUGUGACGUGUGCGGUAAAGGAUUUGUGCAUAGAUCACGUUUGGAUGAUCACAAAUACAGUCAUACCGGAGAGCGGCCUUACAAAUGCACUGUAUGCGAAAAAUAUUUUAAAACCAAACCAAUUUUGGACAUACAUGUGCUGAAUCACACAGUGGAUCGUCCACACAAAUGCACUGUAUGCGGUAGAAGUUUUGCCAUUAAACAUCGCCUGACUGCACACAAAUCCACACACACGGGUGAUUAUAAGUAUACGUGUGACGUGUGCGGCAAAGGAUUCGUGAACAGUUCACGCUUAACUGACCACAAAUACAGCCAUACGAAAGAGCGGUCAUAUCAAUGCACUAUAUGCGAAAAAGAUUUUUCCACUAACAAUUACCUAACUCAACACAUGUUGCUUCACACGGGUGGUCGACAUCAAUGUGAAGUGUGUGGCAAAGAAUACCCUAGCAACAUUUAUUUGAAAUUACACAAAUGCAUUCUUACAUCUGAUCAGUCGAUUGAUCCGUUACCAAUCGAACCAACAGAUCACGAUCCCUUUAUUCUAGCCAAACAGGAGAAUAUAACAAUUGAACCAACGAAACUCGAUGACAAUGACAAGAUCAAUGAGCAAACAACCAUCAAUAGCAACAGCGACGCAUUCGAUUUACAACCAAACCCACACGAUCCUGUUGGCAGCAAUGAAAUUGAUCGAAUCCAGCUACAGGAUGUUAUGUCAAAGAAUGAACACAAGUGUCCGAUUUGUGAUAAAUACUUUGUAAACAAGGAUGAUCUUCAUGAGCAUGCCUCAGUUCAUGAAAGCGAGCGACCAUUCAGUUGUGAUAUUUGCGGGAAAAAUUAUGUAUUGAUAGAUCACCUGGCCAGGCAUUUGACCGAGCAUAUUAAGGAAAAAACGUUCUUCUGUCCUAGGGAUUGCCAAUGUGAUAAGUGUGGCAAAAAAAUUCGUGACAAUCAAGCAUUGAAGUUUCACAACAAUAUUCAUACCGGAGAGAGGCAGUACGAAUGCACAGUAUGUGGAAAAAAACUUGUUACGAAGACUAAUCUAAGCGUGCACAUGUCUACACAUACGGGUAAUUAUAAAUAUACGUGUGACGUGUGCGGCAGAGGAUUUGUGCACAGAUCGCGUUUGGAUGACCACAAAUACAGUCAUACCGGAGAGCGGCCUUAUAAAUGCACUGUGUGUGGAAAGAUUUUUUUGUCUAACACUACUCUAAGUUUACACUUUUCCUCACACACGGGAAACUAUAAGUACGAAUGUGAUGUUUGUGGCAGAGGAUUCAUGCUAAGAUCACGAUUGAAAUACCACAAAUUAAAAUUGCACAAACGCAUUCAUUCAUCCGAUCAGUCGAUUGAUUCGUUACAAAUCAAACCAGCAGAUCACGAUAGCGUCAAUCUAGCCAAACAGAAGAAUACAACAAAUGAAUCCACAAAACUCGAUGACAAUGACAAGGUAAAUGAACAAACAAACACCAAUAGAAACAGCGAUGCAAUUGAUACACAACCAAACUCACACGAUCCAGUUAGCAGUAAUGAAAUUGAUCGAGCUGAAAAAGUAUCCUGCCAGCUACAGGAUGUUAUGUCAGAGAUGGAACACAAGUGUCAGAUUUGUGAUGAAUACUUUGCUAAUAAAGAUGAUCUCCAUGAGCAUGCCUCAGUUCAUGAAAGCGAGCGACCAUUCAGUUGUGAUAUUUGCGGGAAAAAUUAUGUAUUGAUAGAUCACCUGGCCAGGCAUUUGACCGAGCAUAUUAAGGAAAAAACGUUCUUCUGUCCUAGGGAUUGCCAAUGUGAUAAGUGUGGCGAAGAAUUCCGUGACAAUCAAGCAUUGAAGUUCCACAACAAUAUUCAUUCUGGAGAUCGGCAGUACGAAUGCAAAGUAUGUGGAAAAAGACUUGUUACGAAGACUAAUCUAAGCGUACACAUGGCUACACAUACGGGUAAUUAUAAACAUAGUUGUGAUAUAUGUGGCAAAGGAUUUGUGCACAGAUCACGUUUGGAUGAUCACAAAUACAGUCAUACCGGAGAGCGGCCUUACAAAUGCACUGUGUGUGGAAAGAUUUUUUCGACUAACGCUACUCUAAGUUUACACUUCUCCUCACACACGGGUGAUUAUAAGUACGAAUGUGAUGUUUGUGGCAGAGGAUUCAUGCUAAGAUCACGAUUGAAAAAUCACAAAUUAAAAGUGCACAAACGCAUUCAUACAUCUGAUCAGUCGAUUGAUCCGUUACAAAUCAAACCAACAGAUGACGAUAGCGACAUUCUAGCAAAACAGGAGAAUAUAACAAUUGAACCAACAAAACUCGAUGACAAUGACAAGGUAAAUGAACAAACAAACACCAAUGGCAACAGCGAUGCAAUUGAAUUACAACCAAACCCACACGAUCCUGUUAGCAGCAAUGAAAUUGAUCAAGAUGAAAAGGUAUCCAACCAGCUACAGGAUGUUAUGCCAAAGAAGGAACACAAAUGUCAGAUUUGUGAUGAACACUUUGCUAACAAAGAUGAUCUCCAUGAGCAUGCCUCAGUUCAUGAAAGUGAGCAAGCAUUUAGUUGUGAUAUUUGCGGGCAAAGUUAUGCAUCGAAGGAUCAGCUAACCAAGCAUAUGACCGAGCAUAUUGAGUGGCCUAGUGAUUACAAGUAUAAAUGUGAUGUGUGUGGCAAAGAAUUUCGUGACAAUCAAGCAUUGAAGUUUCACAACAAUAUUCAUACCGGAGGGCGGCCAUACAAAUGCACUGUAUGCGGAAAAAUAUUUGUUACCAACAGUAGUCUAUGCGUACACAUGUCUACGCAUACGGGUAAUUAUAGGUAUAGUUGUGAUGUAUGUGGUAAAGGAUUUGUGCACAGAUCACGUUUGGAUGAUCACAAAUACAGUCAUACCGGAGAGCGUCCUUAUAAAUGCACUUUGUGUGGAAAGAUUUUUUUGUCUAAAACCACUUUAAACAUACACUUCUCCUCACACACGGGUGAUUAUAAGUACGAAUGUGAUGUUUGUGGCAGAGGAUUCAUGCUAAGAUCACGAUUGAAAAAUCACAAAUUGAAAUUGCACAAACGCAUUCAUACAUUUGACCAGUCGAAUGAUCCGUUACAAAUCAAACCAAAAGAUCACGAUAGCGACAUUCUAGUAAAACAGGAGAAUAUAACAAUUGAACCAACAAAACUCGAUGACAAGGUAAAUGAACAAACAACCAUCAAUAGCAACAGCGACGCAUUCGAUUUACAACCAAACCCACGCGAUCCUGGUAGCAGUAAUGAAAUUGAUCGAGAUGAAAAAUUAUCCUGCCAGCUUCAGAAUGUUAUGUCAGAGAAGGAAUACAAGUAUCAGAUUUGUGAUGAACACUUUACUGACAAGAACGACCUCCGUGACCAUGCCUCAGUUCAUGAAAGCGAGCGACCAUUUAGUUGUGAUAUUUGCGGGCAAAGUUAUGAAUUGAAGGAUCACCUAACCAAGCAUAUGAUCGAGCAUAAUGAGGGAAAAACAUUCUCCUGUCCUAGUGAUUGCAAAUGUGAUGUGUGUGGCAAAGAAUUUCGUGACAAUCAAGCAUUGAAGUUGCACAACAAUAUUCAUUCUGGAGAUCGGCAGUACGAGUGCACAGUAUGCGGAAAAAGCUUUGGUACAAAAAGUAUCCUAAGCACACACAUGUCUACACAUACGGGUGAUUAUAAGUAUACGUGUGACGUGUGCGGUAGAGGUUUUGUGCACAGAUCGCGUUUAGAUGACCACAAAUACAGUCAUACCGGAGAACGGCCUUACAAAUGCACUGUGUGUGGAAAGAUUUUUUCGACUAACGCUACUCUAAGCAUACACUUAUCGUCACAUACAGGUGAUUAUAGGUACGAGUGUGAUGUGUGUGGCAAAGGAUUUGCGCUAAGAUCGCGUUUGAAAAGUCACAAAAAUAGUCACAUGGAAGAGCGACCUCACAAAUGCACGGUAUGCGAAAAAGAUUUCAAAAUCAAACGGAAUCUUGACGCACAUAUGACGACUCACACAGCCGAGCGGCCGUACAGGUGCACUGUAUGUGGAGAUAGUUUCGUCGCUAUCAAUCAACUAACUGCACACGAAUCCAAACACACUGGUGAAUAUAAGCAUACGUGUGACUUGUGCGGCAAAGGAUUCAUAUACAGUUCAUGGUUCAAAGAACACAGAAACAGUCAUGAGCGGUCUUAUCACUGCACGACAUGCGGAAAAGACUUUGCCACUAACAAGAAACUAUCCCAGCACAAGUCAAUUCACUCGGGUAUUCGGUAUAAGUGCGAAAUGUGCGGCAAAGAAUUCACUAGGAAAUUUAACUUAAAAGUGCACAAAUGCACACAUACAUCUGAUCAGUUAACGAAUCCAAGUGGAACACUGUCUUCGUGUGAAACACAACCCAACAUUGAAAAGUGUUGGAUAUGGUUUCUGUCGUUGUUCGAGAUCGACAAAAAAAUAAUGCAAAAACCACUUAUUUGCGAUAUUUGUGGAAAGAGUUAUAAACAUAAAGCCUUCCUAAUUGAUCAUAUGAACGUCCAUACCGGAGAUAAACCGCACACGUGUGAUGUAUGUGGCAAACAAUUUCGCUUCAAGCAAUCAUUGAAAGAGCACGAAUGUGUUCAUACCGGUGAGAAGCCGUACACGUGCUAUGUAUGUGGAAAAAACUUUACUUUUUACGCUGACUUUGCCGAUCACAAAUCGAAACAUAAGAAUAUGUACAAGUAUAAGUGUGGUGUGUGCGGCAAAGGAUACGAGCGUAGGGAACAAUUGAAGGAGCACGAAAACAGUCAUAUAGAUGAGCGACCGCACAAAUGCACUGUAUGCGGGAAAGAUUUCGUCAGAAAAUCUAGCCUAUACCAACACAUGACCUCUCACAUGGGUGAUGAGCUAAAAUGUGAAGUGUGUGGCAAAGCAUUCAGUACACGAUUUAGUUUAAAGAGGCAUAAACAAAAUCAUGAAACACAGCAGUCGUUUCAUUCACUGCCAAUCGAACCAAUAAAACAUCAAGCCAACCAGCAAGAUACAAAUUCGCAGCAAAAACCGCAUGUUUCUGGAGGAUGCAAUGAAAUCAUUCAAAGCGAAAUGAAAUCUUGCCCGGCACAGGAUAUUUCAAAACAGGAGGGCAACUCAGUGGCAUCUUCCAAACUUACAAAUGAAUGUGUUAGUCAAUACAAAUGUCUGGUUUGUGAUAAACAAUUUUCCCAAAUGCGAUAUCUCCGCCAACACGCCCUAGGUCAUCUAGGCAAGCGGCCAUAUGGAGAACGGCAACGCAAAUGCAUUGUAUGUGAUGAACAUUUUCGAGACAAAAUAGAUCUUGUCCGACACAUGCACAUUCAUAUAGGCGAACAACCUUACAAUCUUACUGCCAGACAGGUGAUCGGUCUAAUCAAUGCAGUAAUAUGACUUGCCUAAGACAAGCGCGCCUUUUGCAUUAUUGCUCUCAUAGCACUCACGAGACUGGUCCUUCAAAUUAUUCAAAAUAAGUAAAUCGAUUUCAGUUGAAUUUUAUAUCUUUUAAAAGUUUAAGUGUAGGUAAAGGAAAGCCCUACUACCGUUGAAGGUUCACAAAGAUAUUCAUUCCGGCGAACGGCCGUUCAAAUGCCUUGUAUGCAAAAAGGAAUAUCACGCUAAAAAGGCAGAUGGGUAAUGACAGAGGCAUAACCGGAUUGAUGUGAAAACGAACAAUUACCUCUAAUUCAAUGCAGAUGUAAUGAACAAUAAAAUAUCUGACACCACUUGCAUAUCCAAUACAAUAAACCAUGCAUUUUUCUCGAACGCAAAGCAGUUAAA